AUGGCGCCCAAGGGACUGUUCCUGGCAUUGUGUCUCUCCGCCCUGCUUGUGGCCUCGUGGGGACGGAAGGUCCGCCACUACCAAUGGGAGGUCGGCUACGUCUUCUGGAAGCCCGACUGCCAGGAGAAGGUGAUGAUAGGGAUCAACGGUCAGUUCCCUGGCCCGACCAUCCGCGCCAAGGCCGGCGACACCAUCGUCGUUGAGCUCAAGAACGCCCUCCACACCGAGGGCGUCGUCAUCCACUGGCAUGGCAUCCGCCAAGUAUUCCUCCUCUCCCCUUCCAUUCAAACUUUCUAUUCCCGCUUCCCCUUCUCUCUCUCUCUCUCUCUCUCGCUCUCUCUGUGGUCUGAGUGAGGCGCAAUGCGUUUGGUGUUUCAGCUGGGCACGCCUUGGGCGGAUGGAACGGCAUCCAUCUCGCAGUGCCCGAUCAGCCCGGAGGAGACCUUCGUGUACCGGUUCAAGGUCGACAAGGUGAGCUCCCCCAACUCCUCCCCUCCCUUUGCUGCCGUGUUCGUUGCUUGACCCAGCACGGCCGCACGGCCGCGCCGCUCGCUCCUCGCUGCUGCAGCCGGGGACGUACUUCUACCACGGACACUACGGCAUGCAGAGGGCCGCAGGGCUGUACGGGUCCCUCAUCGUCGACGUCGCCGACGGGGAGAGGGAGCCGUUCCAUUACGACGGCGAGCUCAACGUCCUCCUCAGCGACUGGUAUCACCAGGACAUCAACACCCAGGCCGUCGGCCUCUCCUCCAACCCCUUCCGCUGGAUCGGUGAGCCCCAGGUAAGCCACCGGAGCCAUCCCGCCCUCCAUCUCAAUGGAGGAACGACAGCUCUAAAGCGAAAGUUUUUUCCCGGCCGUCAAAAGGGGGAGGUUCCUGCCCCCCCAGCAGGCCCAUCAAGCGCUUUGUUUAAAGUCUCCGAUUCCCCGUCCCCUCCACUGAGGAAGUGCGGUGGGUGGGCAGGCUUCGUCUCCCUCACGUCUCUAAUUCUCAUACCUGGUCAUGGAUUCUCUUCUGCCCUCCUGGUGCAGACGCUGCUGAUCAACGGGAGAGGGCAGCAUGGCUGUUCGCUGGCGUCGCACGUACUGGAAGGGCUCAGCGCGUGCGAGAUAAACAGCAGCCAGUGUGCCCCCGUGACGCUGCCCGUACUUCCCAACAGGACCUACAGGCUGAGGAUCGCCAGCACCACGUCGUUGGCCUCCCUAAACCUGGCCGUCGGGGUGAGUACACAUCGACGCCUCGCACUGCCGCUAAACACCAGAUUUAAAUGGGACCCACACAGGUCUAAAGAAUGGCAAUAUAUUUUGAUGGGCAUCUGACUUGAGAUUUACGUAAAACAAUAGAAUAUGGCAUAAGACGAAUCAAUGAAACCCCACGAGACAAGUAUAGCUGGUGACGCCUGGCCGUCGGUGGGUUUGGAGACAGAAGAACGAGGGGCACGCAGACUGAUGAUUGAGACGGUAGUCGGUGGCAGUAAAAAUCAGCAUGAAUCUUAGAGCAUGGUAAUUAGUGCAAAAAAAACUACAGCGACUCCAGUCUGAACAGGGGGGAGGGGGGGAAGAACACGCCGGACCUAUUCUCAGCUUGUAGUCAACACCUACGGUGAAAUAGCAGGAUGUAGCAGGACUUGAUGGUUAACUAACUCUAAGUUCUUCCUCUUCAUGGCAGAGUCACAAGAUGGUGGUGGUGGAGGCAGACGGGAACUACGUCCAGCCGUUUGAGGUCAAGGACAUGGACAUCUACUCGGGGGAUAGCUAUUCCGUUCUCCUCACCACGGAUCAAGACCCUUCCUCGAACUACUGGCUCUCCCUGAGCGUCAGGGGGAGGGAACCAAAGACCCAGCCUGCGCUCGCCAUCUUGAACUACCACCCCAACUCGGCCACCAAGCUUCCCACCGCCAAGCCCCCCGUCUCGCCAUUAUGGAACGACUACGCCCACAGCAAGGCCUUCACCUACAGGAUCCUCGCACUCAAAGGAACAGAGAGGCCCCCAGCUUCUGCUACCCGGCGAAUCGCCCUGCUAAACACCCAGAACAAGCUCAACGGGUACACCAAGUGGUCCAUCAACAACGUCUCCCUGGCCCUCCCCUCCACCCCCUACCUGGGUUCGAUGAAGCACCGCCUUGCGGGCGCCUUCGACGCCGAGAGGCCGCCGGAGAGCUUUCCGGGGGACUACGACGUGAUGAGGCCUGCGACCAACCCGAACACCACGCAGAGCAGCGGCGUGUACGUGCUGGACUUCAACACCACCGUCGACGUGAUCCUGCAGAACGCGAAUGCGCUCUCGGCCAACGUCAGCGAGAUCCACCCGUGGCAUCUCCAUGGGCAUGACUUCUGGGUGCUGGGGUACGGCGAAGGGAGGUUCACGGAGAAGGAUGCCAAGGGGUUCAACCUGAAGAACCCCCCGCUGAGGAACACGGCGGUGAUCUUCCCCUACGGGUGGACGGCACUGAGGUUCGUCACAGAUAAUCCCGGGGUGUGGGCUUUCCACUGCCACAUAGAGCCACAUUUGCACAUGGGCAUGGGUGUGAUCUUCGCUGAGGGGGUUCACCUGGUGAGCCGCAUACCAAAGGAGGCGAUCGCUUGUGGGAUGAUGGGAAAGAAGUUCAUGAAUCUCCCAUAA